CAAUAUAAAAAAAUCAAUUCAGUCUUCUCAAGGCACUUCACAAAGUAAACAUUCCAAUGCAGUUCAGCUCAUUAAGUAAAUCAGUAAAAUGUUUCCUACAUGAGGAACCCAGCAGGUUGCAUUGAUUCACUGACUAGUGUCAGAGUCUUUAAAGCAAUCUUCAUACUGGUCAUCUUGGUUUCUUAAGUCGUUGAAAUGUUUCUCUUGUUUUUCAGAUAUUUUACAUGAAUCCUCGUUACAUCCUGUUCAUCCAUCUGGUGGUGAAUGAUAUGAUCCAACUGACAACAUCAAUCAGCUUGCUUGCCUUCAGCUAUGUUUUCUACAAUAUGAGCUCCUAUCUCUGUUUACUCAUUAUUGUUGUUGCUAUUUUUACCACUAUGAACACUCCGAUAAAUUUAGCUGUAAUGGCUCUGGAGUGCUACAUCGCUGUAUGUUUCCCUCUCCGACACGCUGAGCUCUGCACCGUAAAACGAACAUAUAUUCUGAUCGGUGGUAUUUGGGUUUUGAGCUCAUUGACGAUUGUGCCUGAUAUAUUUCUUCAUCUGGCAACAGAUCCUCUAUGGUUAUUUUGUUCUUUAGCAAUCUGUGAAAAGGAUAAUCUGUUCCAACAUCCGGUAAGUAAACCAAAAAGGACCAUUAUUUUUAUCAUAUAUUUAACUUUAAUCUGGCUCACUCUCGUCAUUACCUACUUAAAAAUCUUCUUUGUGGCCCAAAAAGCUAAGUCAACUGAUGGAAGUGCAAAGAAGGCUCGGAACACCAUCCUGCUUCAUGGCUUUCAGCUCCUGUUGUGUAUGCUAACAUAUGCAGACUUUAUCAUCAAAAAUUCCAUCGUAGCCACUCCUCAGAUCUUAUCUUAUAUAACCUAUUUUUUGUACAUCUUGAUUCACAUUCUGCCCAGGUUUGUCAGUCCCAUUGUAUACGGGCUGCGAGACAAGACUUUUAGACAGUAUUUAAAAAACCAUCUGCUGUGUGACAUCAGAGCAGGAAGCAAACUGUAUCCUUCAAAAUAACUUCUGUUGAUGUACUAAAUGCUAUUUUAGGCCAAUCCACUGAAAUUAUGCUUGCAUUUACUCUACAACAAUGGAAUAAUUCACAAUGACCAAUUUGUGAUUUCAUUGCUCCUUGCUGGCAUCUGAGGAAAAAUAUUUAGUUUUUAUCCUUAUUAACUCAUUUCAUGUUUCAAGUUUGUACUCACAUGUUCACAUUGUUUGUAAAAAUGUUUGCUUUUUUGGACUUUUGUUCUCAUGUCAGGUUCGAAUUAAAACAAUAUGUCAUAAUUUUAAAUAAUUGGGGCAGCAGUAGCUCAACAGGUUGAGCGGGUUGUCCAGUAAUCGGAAGGUUGCAGGCUCGAUCCCGGCUCUGGACAGAGAAUUCUGCUGUUGUUUCCUUGGGCAAGACACUUAACCCACCUUGCCUGCUGGUGGUGGUCGGAGGGACCAGUGGCGCCUGUGCUCGGCAGCCUCGCCUCUGUCAGUGUGCCCCAGGGCAGCUGUGGCUACAUCGUAGCUCAUCACCAUCAGUGUGUGAAUGGAUGAAUGCUACACUGUAGUGUAAAGCGCUUUGGAGUCCUUACUCUGAGAGGUGCUAUACAAGCG